UCAUCAAAAUUCUUAAGAAGUAUCAGAUUAUUACAAUUUCCUUUUCUUGCGUGUGAAUUGAAAAACCCUAUUCCGGAUGCCAUGGAAGGAUCCAAGCGAUCCAUCUUCCAACUUUGUAGACAGCUACAUACGUUAUCCAGACAUAGCCCUAGCGAUUCCUUCAAGAAAAGCAUUGCUGAAUUAGAGAAGGAUCGUCGUCGUCGGAACCCUAAGCGGAACCGGUUGUUUGUACAGACUCCCGAAUCGACGGCAUGGCUCGACACCGCUAGUAUGCCAGCUUUCGCCACCGUCGUAGGUAUCGCACUUUUCGCCAAGCUUCUCAUGAUGUAUGAUGAUUCAACAUCACAAGAAAGGAUAGAGAAGAAGAUACAGAAUGCUCCACCAGGUCAAGGCACUGUUAGGAUGCUUUCUCGAGAAGAAUGGGAAGAAUUUAGAGAAGUUCGACCAAGAACUCCAUUUGAAUCUAAACUUGCUCGACCUAAUGCACGAAUAAGAACAGGGGAGCCUCUACACAUGGAGGAUGUUAAGGAUUGGACAAUUGAUGUGUUGACAGAUGCUCUUACAAGGGCUGAAGAAUGUGUGAAACAGGGAUCAAAGUAGGGAAAAUUGAGCUUUUAAAUGGUGCUUAGAAAUGAAACCAGUUUACAUGUUUUGAUGUAAUAUACAAAACUGAUUAAUUGAGAAAUGGAUGUUGAUUAACUUUUGUUA